AUGCCUCUGGCGGAGAGCCCCCGUGCAGGGAUUUCGCUGGCUAUGGCUAUCUGGCGUACAAAUGCUUCAAAUCCCCCAGCCUUGGACAACAGCCUCUCCCGCUCCCAUUCCUCUGCUUCUCACCCGUUACAGUCUUCUCGCCGCCGCCGCCAAAAUGUCUCUUUAGGUGAACAUUAUAACCAGGCUAUACGACCGCAUGCCUGGCGCAGUAAGCGUCGUGUUUGGUCGAAAGCUCAAAUAGCCCGUGAACGAGAAGAAUUCUUUGAGACACGGGUGACGGGAAGGCCGGAAGUGUGGGCGGCUCUGAAAUUGGCAAUCUCACUAAUGAGAGCCGGUGAUAUUCCCACCGCCCAGAGCAUCAUCGAUGCUGCCGGGGUGACCGUUCCUACAGGAGACCUUUGCGAUGGUUGUUAUGAUGAGAAUGGGGCGCUGUACCGGCUCCCGCAGGUUAUUGUUGCGGACCCUACGAAUGUUGUCGAUGCAGCAGCCGAAGAUCAGGAGAUUAGGAGAGGCGCUGAAGCAGACGACGAAAUCACCAAUGGCAAACUAGGAAUGGAUAUCGAUACAGAGGAUGAAUUCGAGGAGCAGAUCGAGAACAAACGCGAAGAAAAGGGUAAGAGAAAUGAACGGGACGUGAUUAAAGUCUGUGCGAGGUUGAGCGACAGAGGUGGCCCCGAUUUUACUGUUGAAAUUGACAAGCAUCAUUCUGUGAGCGUCUUGGUACGAAAAUUAGAGAGUGAGGCAGCGCUCUCGAGUAAACACCGCCUUCGAAUUGCAUACUUGGGCAAAAUUUUAAAAGAAAACGAAACUCUUCUUGCCCAAGGAUGGAAAGAAGGUCAUGUUGUUAACGGACUCGUCCUUUAUCGCUCUCCUUAA